GUGUGUACGUACAUAAGUAUGUUUAUCUCGCACAGCUGUUGAGGGGAAAAAUUAAAUAAAUAAAAAUAAAAUAAAAAAAGAAACUAGUACUUACUAAAUUUAAUAUUAAUAUGUCUAUCGAUGCAUUCGUUCUUUUAGAUUUAAUGUGUCGUAGUCCAAUAAUAGAUUUUCGUAGAGGUGGGAAAAGCGUUUAAAUCCAGCCGUCGCGUAGCAAGACUGGCCUCGAGUGGCGAUUCUGAUGACGGUGGGCUUGUUCCACCACCGCGUAAGAAAAGGCACUUGGAUAUGGAAGAGACCAUGUUGCAGUCAACUAAUGGCUGUUUGCAACACAAUGGAUCGGUGGAUCAACCAUCAUCUAGUUCAACUGUUAACGGUUCAGCUAUUGGCAAUGAUGAAGACCAGGAACAAAGCAAUGGAUGUAAUAUUAAAGGCAGGUCAAGUCAAGAGAUUGUUCGGCUCAUAGGUCAACAUUUAAAACUUAUUGGGCUCAAUCAAACAGCAGAAGUAUUGAUGCAAGAAUCAGGAUGUCGUUUAGAACAUCCUGCUGCUACACAAUUUCGCCAUCAUGUAAUGGAUGGUGAAUGGCAUAAAGUUAGUGCAGAUUUAAAUGAACUUCAAACUUUAGUAGGAAAUUCAUGCCAGUACUUUUUGGAUAUGAAAUUUUUGAUAUUUGAACAAAAGUACUUGGAAUAUUUAGAAGAUGGCAAAGUUUUGGAUGCUUUACAUGUAUUGCGAAAUGAGUUAACACCUUUGCAACAUAAUAUUGAUAAAGUUCAUAUGCUCAGCAGUUACAUGAUGUGUAGUGGACGAGAUGAAUUAAUGAAACGAGCAAAUUGGGAAGGUAAAGGAAUUAAGUCUAGAACAUUGCUUAUGGAUAUGAUACAACAGUUCUUGCCUCCACAUAUUAUGCUACCACCUAAAAGGUUGCAUAUGUUAUUAACUCAGGCAGUAGAAUUGCAGAGAAAUCAAUGUUUAUUCCACAAUACAAUGUUUGAUGAUUCCAUUGAAAAUGUUUCCUUACUAACUGACCAUAAGUGUUCAUUAGAACAAAUUCCUUGUGAAACCGUCCAAAUACUGACUGAACAUUGUGAUGAAGUAUGGUUCUGUCGGUUUUCACCUGAUGGAAAAAAAUUAGCUACAGGUUCAAGAGAUGCAACCAUUAUAAUUUAUGAUGUUGAUCCAGAGACAUUAACUGUUGAGCAAUCAAUCACUUUAGAUGGCCAUUCAUACGGAGUUAGUUACCUUUCGUGGUCUCCAGAUGGUGAACUCCUCAUGGCUUGUGGUCCACAAGACUGUCCUGACUUAUGGGUGUGGAAUGUUAACACUGGUGUCUUAAGGUUAAAACUGUCACAUUCAUCGGAUGAUUCAUUAACUGCCUGUUCUUGGCAUAAAGAUGGCCAAAAAUUUGUUUGCGGAGGAAUUCGAGGACAAUUUUAUCAAUGUGAUUUAGAAGGGUCUGUGUUAGAUUCAUGGGAAGGUGUUAGAGUGAAUGGUCUUUGGUGUCGAUCUGAUGGGAAAACUGUGUUAGCAGCAGAUACACGUCAACGAAUUCGUUCAUACAAUUUUGAUGAGCUAAGUGAUCAAAAUUUAAUACAAGAAGAUCGAGACCAUCCUAUAAUGUCAUUUACAGUUAAUAAGACUGAUCGUCUUGCACUUUUAAAUGUUGUAUCGCAAGGUGUUCAUUUAUGGGAUCUCCAAGAUAAGUGUUUAGUAAGAAAAUUUCAAGGAGUUACACAAGACCAUUUUACUGUACACAGUUGUUUUGGUGGCGUUAAUCAGGAUUUUAUUGCUAGUGGAAGUGAAGAUAAUAAAGUAUAUUUAUGGCAUAUUAAACAUGAACUACCAAUAACAACAUUGACUGGUCAUACAAGAGCAGUUACAUGUGUUAGUUGGAACCCAGUCUACCAUCAAAUGCUUGCUUCUGUUUCUGAUGAUUGCACAGUUCGUAUUUGGGGUCCAGCUGCUAAAUAUCGUAAACAGAAAGUUAAUAAAAGUGAUAUAAACAACGAUUCUGGGUCACCUUCCAAACAUUUGUAAAAAAAAUUAUUGAGACUAUUUAAAUUACAAACAUUGUAUAUUUUGUUUUUUGCCAUUUAUGAACUUUAUA